AUGGUGCAGAGAAAAAUUAAAGAAGUCGAUCCUUCUAAGAAAAAGAAAGUGGGACGUCCACCAAAAAGGAAGUUCUUCGGGCCUCCAGGAUAUGUUCGCCCCACAAAGAACGCGCAACCGACAGAAGCAGCUCCUUCAAAUGCUCCGGCAGAAGUUGCAAGUGAAAAGCAAUCGACUGAAACCACUGACGCGGAGACGUGA